GAGCAGCAAAUCUUUUCAACUUAACUGGAGUGGCCCCUGUAUUUUUGAUUGUGAUUUCGAGGACUUCAGAGCUGCCAUUAACUGGAAACUCUCCAAAGUCAAUCACUCCAUGCGAGAUGUCAAGAUAUUUAGAGGCUGACGGGAAAAUAGGAAGGCAAAGGUUCAUGGGGGUUGUUGUUCUUCCUGCUUGCCAAGAUGGCGCAGUCCUUAUCGACAGAAGAGUUUUGUCGAAUGCAGGAGCAGUUGAUAGAGUUGAGGACGCUGAAUUAUGAGCUUGAAGGACAAAAAGAACGACACUUAGCAGAAAUAACUCAACUUCACGAUAAAGUGUCCUUGCAAGAAAAAGAAAUCCAAAAGUACAACAAGAUAAUAAACAAGAGCAAAAACAAAAAGGAAUAUUCAUUGCUUGUAGAAGAAAAUGAGAGCUUCCAAAGACAAUUCCAGGCUCAAGAAGAAAAUUUCAAACUACAAAACCAGACCCUUCUACUUGAGAUAACUAGGUUGACUGAAGAAAAUGAAGUGGUCAAAAAAGACAACGAGAGACUGCAGAAAUCUGGGGGACAAGAAUCUAGUGGAAAUGAUUCUGAAUUAAGACGAUUGAGAGCUGAGAAUGCGGCCUUGCAGAAAAGUCUAGCAAGUGUACAAGAAAAAUCUGAGCAAGAAAUCACCGACCUUCAACAACAGCUUCAAAAUUUGUCUACCACUGAAACAGACGGAAGGAAAUCUGACACUACAGCAUCUGAAAAGCUAGGCUCAAGUACUGAAGAAAAUAUGGUUCAAAGUGAGCAAAAUGAGCUGGAGGAGUCAAAGACCUCAAAUGACAAUGACAGUACUGUAGCCUUACAGAAUAUACUUAAUAAUGAACUUAAUGAAUUAAGUAUGAAAAUAAGUAAAAUUCUUCAAAGUAAGAGCUUGGGUGACAACGCACAAGAUGAUAAUGAGGAGUCACAAGAGAAUUCUGAAGAAAAGGAAUCUGAAAAGGAAGAUAGUGGGAAUAAUGAAGGGAAUGCUACUGAAUUACAUCUGAACAAAGAAUUACAGAGCACAAGGGAAAGGUUAUUGGAAGCAUUGGUUGCUUUACUUUCCUCAACAGAAAAUUUUCAAUUUACUCAAGGCCCUAAACCGUCAAAGGAACACAUUCAACAGGCGGAAGCCAAAAUUUCAUCUUUGGAAAAGCAAUUAAAAGAAAUGUCAGGAUUACAGUUGCGCUUGGACACUGAGCUAGAGGAGAAGCGUCUUCUUCAAGAACAGCUACAACAGAAAGAGGCCAGCAGUCAAACAGAAACAGCAAGCUUGAAAGAUGAAAUUGCUAAGUUGACAGAUAAAAUUAAAAAGAAACAAGAAAGCUAUCUCCAACUUCAAGACGAAAAAGAACAUUUUUAUUCAGAAAACAAGAAAGCCAUGGAUGACUUGAAAGCAAAGAAAGAUAAUGAAAUAAGGAUUCUUGCUGAACAAAUGACAAAGUUACAGGAAGAACUUGGGACGUCAAACCAGAGAUAUUUUGAACUUCAGGAAGAAAGUAGUGAAAUGAUAAAAGAGCUACAGAACUCUAUCGUUAACCAACAAAGCAAGGCAUCAUCAAGUGCUGAAGAAACAGAACAAUUAGUCAUCCAGUUAAGAUCAGAAAAAGACACCAUAGCGAAAGAGCUUGAAACUCUUAAUAAGAAACUUGUAAUGAAUGCACAAGAAGCUGAGGAAGCAGCAGACCUUAUCUCACGACUUGAAGAAAAAAUUCAAUCAAGUGAAACAAAAUACUUGGAGCUGAACUCAGUUGUUGUUGGUUUAAGAGAACAAGACAAGGAGCAACGAGGUGCCAUCGACAGUUUGAACACACAAAUCCAACAGUUAACAGAAGAAAGAGAUAAGCUUGCUACCUCUUAUGAAGAAACCUCAAAGCUUGCUGAGAAACGUAAGAGUGCAUUGGACCAGAUGGCAAUUGAACGACAAGAAGUUGAUCAGACACACAGAGAACAGAUAGAGAAGUUACAAGAAGAGCAUAAGAAAGCUGUGACUGAAUUGACCAACCAACUGACAGGUGAAAAGAAAUUGCGUAAAGAAGCAGACGAUCUACAGCAGAAACUAAACGACAGCAAGUCCAAGCUGCAGUCUUCAGAAGAGAAGUGUGGCUGGUUUGAACGAACGCUGGCCAAAACUGAGGAGGCUGCUAAUGCUGAAAAAGAGCAAAACAAGAAAAAUACAGAAGAUUUGAUCGAAAAACACAAGCAAGAUAUGUCCAGUUUGAAUGAGGAAAGAGAGAAGCAAAUAGCAGAACUGACUUCUCAGAUAGAAGAGUUGAAUGCCAAGAUCGAAUCACAAGAGGAAGAACAUAGUAAGGAAAUGGAAGACCGGUCAGAAGAGAUUACUAAACUAACACAGGAAUUGAAGGAUAAACAAGUAGAGAAUAAGAUAGCUGGCAAGAAAGGAGAUCAACUGGUAAAGGACCUAAAAAGGCAAUAUAGACUAGAAAGAAAACGUGCUGAUCAGCUACAGCAGAAACUACAAGAAGCUUUAUCAGAAAAUAGAGCAAAGCAAAAUUUUGACGAACUUUUUCACGCUCCAGGAUCAUAUCAACGAAGAAACAGCGGCGAUUCUUCGAUCCUGAGUCCCAACAGGAGUGACAUCGACAGUCCAGAUAUUCGACCACCAAGUCCUACAUCAUCCAUGACGGGCUUGUUAAGCGAGGACACCACUGAUCUGAUUGAAAGACUUGCUGAUGUGCAACAAGAAAAAUGGCUUCUGGAAGAAAAGGUUCGUCACCUGGAAGAGACGGGUGGUGUUCUUGCUGAUGAUUUGAUGCAAAAAUCGCACGUCAUUCAAGCAUAUGCCAUGCAAACUAAACUAGGUCCUAUAAAUGAAUCGCCCAAGUCGCCCACGAUUUCGAGUAUCAAAGAAAAGAUGAAAUCUAGUUUAAGCAUUGGAAGGAACAAAACUGACACCAGGAAGAUCCAAGCGAUGUUAGAAGAGACGCUGAUGAAGAAUGUCCAACUGCAAGAAGAUAUUGACAGUUUGUCUAAACAACUGGAGAAAUACGUCAAAAAAGAAGAAAUAGCGAUUCUACAAAACCGUCAACCUAACAGAAGUAGUACACCAAGAAACCAUAAUGAACAAGAGAACACCGAGUCAGCAAUUCAGAAUCACUCCACAAUGAAUGAUGACGCUAAUGGUAUAGAACAAACCACAACUAAAGAGAAUGAAUCGGGCGAAUAAAGUCUGCUAAGGUUUGAAUUGGGCCAAGGUGUGAAUAGGCAAAGUAAAAGAUAAUCGAAGAGGUUCUGAGGCCAAGACAUCAGUGGAGGCAAGACCAUGAGAGAAUUGCAGGCCUGAUUCGUGGCUUGCUCAUGACAUCAUGAUCGUUUGACAUGCGUGUGAUAUCUGCGCAUAAUGUGACGGCUUUCAUUGUGCAUAACGUCAUAUCAGUUUGAUGCGCAUGUAACGGCUUUGCUUGUGAAAGAUGUUCAGUGUGCAUGUGGCGACUUGGCUGGUGCAUAACGUCAAAUUGUUUAUUAUGCAUAUGACAUCUUUCAUAUUGCAUGACGUCAAUUCCAUUUGAUGUGUAUGAGAUAUGUCAAAUAAAAGACGAUUAGUGUGCAUUUGGCAGUUUUGCUGGCACAUGGCAUCAUAUUAUAUAUUAUGCAUAUGACGUCUUUCAUUUUGCAUGACAUCAUAUUCAAUUGAUGCGCAGGUGACAUGACGUCUUUUCGGAAGGAUUGCUAAUAAUCAAGCAAUAUUGCACCAAUAAUUUGACCACAUCCACGACGACCAAUAACAAUAUAAAAUUAAGAUAAACUAUUACUUAGUUAGGUGGACCUAACUCAAUUGAUAAGGGAAUGAAAUACAUUUUAAAGAUAAAAUAAAGGCCAUAUGUUUUUAUAUUCAUUUAUAAAACCUUCUUUAAGGAGAAAGCUAGCAAAAUAUUAAUAACGAAUAUGCACGAUUAUCGUGCGAAACAGAAGAAAAACUUAAACUUUGCCAAAAGAUACCAUGAAGAUUCUUUACAUGGUAACUUAGUUUUUUUAAAGCGCUUUUGUUUUUUCUGGGCAUGCUUAACAGUAGUCACAGCGUGUGAAUAAACAUGAAUAUGUUUCUUUGGGCCAAAAGUUUAUAUACGAAAAGAAUGAUUAGAAGUUUUUUGAGUAAGAUAUUUCGGAUGAUAUCCAUCGUUCAUCAUCAGUUUAAUGACUCACUACAAGUGUAUUACAGUGAAAUACUAUAAAGCCUUAGGGACUAAUACAUAUUACAACGAAUGGAUGCUUUGAAUAACAUGGGGAAAAAGUACUGUGCAUAUGUGGGAUGCUAUUAUAAUCAAUAAAUCUUGUCCCUAGAACUGGUGUUCCUCGCCAUCAGAACCGAAGUAGAUGCUGACCAUGAGAAACAUAAUCUUAGGUACGAGAGAGGAUGUAAUACAUGAAAACUCUUAGAGAUGCAUAACUGCACAGACUAAGUGGGUCGAUUUGUUUCARUGUUAUUCAAACACCACUGAAAAUAUAGCCAAUCAAAAUGCCAGAAAGCUGUUGCGUAUUAGGCAAUAUUCCACUGUUUUUUCCCAUAAGGCAUUGCGGUCAAGGUAUAUUUUGAAUGGUUAAGGACAAAAUAGUUAAUUAACCAAUGAUUUCUCAUGACACACCAUGAAAUAUCCCACUUGUCACUUCAAUGUGUUUCCUUUGUCAAUACACUCGUCUGAAGGCCUUGGAUAUUCCAUGGUAUGCCAUUCACAACCAUAAAAUAACUAGUAUAUACUAUAUAUUUUUAAUUUAAAUUAAUUAUAUGAUCAAUGUAGUUAUGGCAAAUUCCCACAAAAUUGGCUGCCAUGUGGGAUGACAUAUUGCCUCUAAUGUUCUAAAUUUUAUACAUAAAGGUCAAAACACUAGUGUCAAGGGUUUGCAUUGAAAUUCAAGACCGAGGGCAGCAGGGGAGCAUGUUCGUUUUAACUGGUUUAAAACCAACCAAGCCCCAUUUCUAAUGUUUGGUGUCAGAUUUUAAUUUUCAAUGAGAAACCUGUCCCUGGCUUUGAAUUCAGCCCUGCUCUCCCCUGUUAGUAUCAAUGCUGAAUUCAAAACCCUGGGACAGGUUUUCUAUCAAAAUUCAAAACUGACGUCAAAACAAUAGAAAUAGGGCGUGGUUGGUUUUUCAACUCAAUUAAGUGGGUUAGCCCAGAGAAUUUGGGGCUAUUUCAUUCAAUUAACCACUUUCAAUACAUCUGUUCAGUGGUCGGUCAACCACAAAGCAUUUAAACAAGGCUGCAAUGUAGUUUUAAAAAGUUUGCACCCUUGGUUGAAAGCUUUGUGUGUGACCAGUUAACCAAUGUUUGAAAAGAGGCAUUCAACUUUUCACAAGUAAGAUUGUUAAAAUAUAAACAUAUUUACAGUUCCACAGAA